AUGAAAGACACAGGAGUAAACAUUAGUGAAAAAUCCAUAACAUCUAUAUUAACUUUCGAUGAAUUGAAGAAGAAAAAUGUAACGGGAAAUAAUCUAAUGGAAUGGUCAAGUCCUAUUGAUCUUAUUGAACGAUAUGAACAUUUUUUACAAAUGAACAAAUCUUCAUCCAAUGAAGUAUUUUAUAAUUGUACUCUACCAUGGUUUGGACCGCUCUGUCAAUAUAAAUUCAUUGUAAAUCAAUCAUUUCCACAGUUGAUCGAAACAAUAGAUCAUAGAUAUAGAGACCGAAAUGUAAAUGCAAGUUUUACUUGUUAUAUAUAUUUGAAAUGCAAUCGUGGUUCACCUUAUAUUUGUCUCGACUGGCAUGAAAUAUGCGAUGGAAAAGUCGAUUGCCUCGAUGGUGGAGAAGAUGAAAAAUAUUGUCUCGAACUUGAAUUAAAUACAUGCGAAGAAAACGAAUAUCAGUGUCGAAAUGGAAUGUGUGUCAAUAACGUGUUUCUAUUGGAUGAACUGAAUAGUUUCAUCAGUCCAGAGUGUUUAGAUACAUCCGAUGAACAUUUACACGAAGGUCGCGCUUCUUGUCGCAAAAGUAAUUUGGGCACACCUGAUUUUAUCUGUUAUGACCAAAAACGUUGUCCAUUUUUUAUACCAACACUGACAGUGGAAAAUUAUACAUGUAUGCAUAUAAAUGCUUCAAAUUGGCUAUUUAAUAGCGAUUUCUAUGAGCCAUUUGUUUCAUGCAAUCAAUUGUUUGAAAGUACAAAUGACACUCACUGUCCACAUUCAACAAUGUUACGUUGUUUGGGAACAAAUAAAUGUAUUUCUAAGCGUCGAAUUAUGGAUGGAAUCUCGGAUUGUUAUAGCGAUUUCGAUGAAUCACUCUCAGCUAAUUCAUGUGCAUUGAAUGAUACAGAUCGCUUUCAAUGUAUAUCGGAACAAAAAUGUCUUCGACCUACUCUCGUGAAUGAUCGAACGGCACACUGUGUGGGCAAAGAGGAUGAGUUUGUUCAGGAUAGUAUCAUAACUCAUAUUCGUCAACUUCAUUUUUCUGCCAUUUGUGACAAUUGGAUUGAUAUGUUGAAUUUAACAAAUGAAACUGAUGAAACUCUUUGUGGUGAACAAUGGCAAUGUGUCAACCAAUAUACACGUUGUAAUUCAGUAUGGAAUUGCCCAAAAGGCAUCGAUGAAAUCAACUGUUCAUCAAGUUUUAUGUGUCCUGCAGAUCAUCAUCCUUGUUUCUUUAGAAAGAAUGAGACAAUGGGUUGUUUACAUAUGAGAUAUGCUGAAGAUGGAAUUGUCGAUUGUCUUGGAGCAACUGAUGAGCGAUCUUAUUGUAAAUCACAAAAUCCGAAAGAUAGCUUCAAAAGUUAUCGCUGCUGGAAUGACACGAAAUGUGUUCAAGUUUCUGAAGGCUGUACACGUUGCAAUGAUUUUGACGACAUUGAUCUAUUAUGUAAUCGCCCUUUCGAGGAAAAUGGAGAUAUUAUUACUUAUCUACAAUCUGCACAAAACAUUUUCUUUUCUGAAAAAAUAUCGUUCUCGCAUAAAUCUUCACUUAAUUUUCCUCGUAUGCAAUUAUCAUUACCUGUUCAAAAACAUGAGCAACAUCGUAUAAUAGACAAUAUGAAAAUGGAUGUUACUAAAUAUCAAGAUGAUCCUCGUGCAUGGUUAUGCCACCGAGGUGUUGUAAUUCUUGUUGAUAAGGAUGAAAUAGUACAUUGUCUUUGUUCAUCACAUUAUUAUGGGAAUUUUUGUCAGUUUCAAAAUCAACGUGUAACUCUUACUAUUCGAAUACGUCAAGAAAACUUAGAAAAAUUAUAUGUGAUUGGUAUUGUUAUUAGACUUGUUGAUAAUACUGGUCUUGUUCAUUCAUAUGAACAAGUUACAUACGUUCCUGUAAUUAAUUGUGAUGUUAAAUACAAUUUACAUCUUCUUUAUCAAGAUCGACCGAAGAACAUGUCAAAGAAUUAUUCAGUCUAUAUCGAUGCAUAUAAUAAGAGAAAUCUUACUUAUAUUACCAGUUGGAUAUUUUCAGUUUAA